AUGUCUACCUAUGAUUUAGAGGCUCAGUUGACGGGACUAGGGAUGACAGGAGUGUACCACCACAACAUUGGAUCUGCUGUGACUCUGCAGGACGAGCUGCGGGAGCUCGAGACACUACUGUACAGGCUUGACGAGAGAGACCGCGAGUUCCCCGGCAUGUUGCGGAGCAGAGAAUACUGCGACAAGAGAUCCCGAACCAGGAAGAUGCUGCUGCACCGGACCCGGAGGAAGUGGAUGGACUACGGUAUAAGUAGAAAUGCCUUCGUUCGAUAUGAGUGUCGGCCCCUGAGGGUGAGCAGCCUGGAAAGCUUGAGCCAAGGAAAAAUUGCUGAUCUGAGUCGAUUGUUGCCAAGUGGCUGUUUGGGUCCAAGCUGGGUGCAAGGUGAGGUGACGCCUGGGAGGAUGGGCAUGAUCAUGGGACUGCAAUGCGUGUGUACCUUGCUGUUCGGCAUGGUGCUGGCUAUCUUUACGAAUGCGAAGCGGCAUGAGAUCUUCACAGCCUCAGCGACCUACAUGGCCAUCUUGGUGGUUUUCAUGGGACAAAGUCCAGCGUAG